CUAGGCGGCGAAAGAGCGCAGCUUCGGGCGCGAGGCUGGAGACGCUCGACGGCUAGCCGCGGGCGCUCGGGACCCUGCUGAGAGCUCGAUCAAGCGGGAGGGGCGAGGGGUCCAGACGGGGAAGCGGGGCGCCCCGGACUUGGUCAGCCCCAGGUAGGGUGGCGGCCGACAGAGCGCCCAUCUGCCCGGGUCCUCCGGCGCAGGGGCGGUCCGGCCGCGGGCCCUGGGGUUUCCGAGAUCCGCGCAGCUUGGCCCGAGGGCGAAGGAGAGGGAGAGCGCUCGCUAACACCUCAGCCCUUCAGUCCCAGGUUCUUUCGCAACGGAAGCGGGCAGCCUUUUCCUUCAGCUCUCGGUUUCCCGGCGGCGGCCCGAGCCGUGCCCCAGGCAGGCGGCGCCUCGAGCGCCCCGGGAGAGACCUCGCCGACCCCUGCGCCUAAUACCUGCUGUGCGCCUUUGCAGCGAUUGUUUGCAGUGGGCAUGUUUCAGGUGGGCAGGGCCAGCAUCCCCAAACCUGCCGCCCACAGCCUGGAGGACCUGGACUCUGUGCAGCGAGUCCUCUUACACAGUGACCUUGAGCCUGAAUGGCUGGACAGUGUGCAGAAAAAUGGAGAGCUGUUUUAUUUGGAGUUGAGUGAGGAUGAGGAGGAAAGCCUCCUUCCUGAGACACCUACCGUGAACCAUGUCAGAUUUAGUGAAAAUGAGAUUAUUAUCGAAGAAGAUUACAGAGAAGGAAAAAAGUAUGAACCCAAACUCAAGCGGUUUACCAAGAUUUUAAAAAGUAAAAAACUUUUACCCAAGCGCUAUAAUAAAAAAAAUAGUAAUGCCAGCGGGCCAGUAUCCAUUCUAAAGCAUCAGUCCAAUCAGAAAACGGGAGUUGUUGUCCAGCAGUGGCACAAAGAUGUGAAUAUCUACAUAAACCCCAAAAAGCUAACCGUCACCAAAGCCAAAGAGCAGCUCAAGCUUCUGGAAGUACUUGUUGGGAUUAUCCAUCAGACCAAGUGGAGCUGGAGAAGAACUGGAAAACAGGGCGGUGGAGAGAGGCUUGUGGUCCAUGGCCUGCUGCCAGGAGGAUCUGCAAUGAAGAGUGGUCAGGUUUUAAUUGGUGAUGUCCUCGUUGCUGUGAACGACGUAGAGGUGACCUCUGAGAACAUAGAGAGAGUUCUGUCUUGCAUUCCUGGACCUAUGCAGGUGAAACUGACAUUCGAAAAUGCAUAUGCUAUGAAGAAGGAAAUAACUCAACCAAGACAGAAAAAGGCACAGUCAAACACAAGUGAUCUAGUCAAACUUCUGUGGGGAGAAGAGGUAGAAGAUAUCCAGCAGAAUAUUCUAAACACUCCUCACAUCGUUAUGUACCUCACGCUACAGCUUGACUCGGAAACAUCAAAGGAAGAGCAGGAAAUCCUUUAUCAUUAUCCAGUUUCUGAGGCAUCUCAGAAACUCCAGAGUGUGAGAGGGAUAUUUCUCACACUCUGUGACAUGUUGGAAAAUGUAACUGGGACACAAGUUACAAGCUCAUCCCUUCUUUUAAAUGGAAAACAAAUUCAUAUAGCUUAUUGGAAAGAAACUGACAAGCUGUUGUUAAUUGGCCUGCCUGCCGAGGAAGUACCUCUUCCUCAGCUAAGGAAUAUGAUAGAAGAUGUUACCCAAACCUUAAAAUUUAUGUAUGGUUCUUUAGACAGUGCCUUUUGCCAGGUUGAGAAUGUUCCUCGUUUGGAUCAUUUUUUCAGCUUGUUUUUUCAAAGAGCACUUCAGCCCACUAAACUACAUUCGAGUGCCAGUCCCAGCACACGGCAGUAUGAUGCUUCCAGUGCAGUACUCUUAGACAAUCUCCCUGGAGUUCGGUGGCUCACACUUCCCCAGGAAAUUAAGUUGGAAUUAGACACAGCAUUGAGUGACUUGGAGGCUGCAGACUUUGCAGAACUGUCUGAGGAUUACUAUGACAUGAGACGGCUAUAUACAAUUUUGGGGUCUUCUCUAUUUUACAAGGGGUAUCUGAUAUGCAGUCAUUUGCCUAAGGAUGAUCUUAUUGAUAUUGCUGUAUACUGUCGCCACUAUUGCCUGCUGCCUUUAGCAGCAAAACAGAGAAUUGGUCAGUUGGUAAUAUGGAGGGAAGUAUUUCCUCGACAUCACCUCCAGCCUCCUGCAGACUCAAACACUGAAGUCUUUCAGGAACCUGAAGGGAGAUAUUUUUUGCUAAUCGUUGGCUUGAGACAUUACAUGUUAUGUGUACUAUUAGAAGCUGGAGGCUGUGCAUCCAGAGCCAUUGGGAAUCCUGGACCAGAUUGUAUAUAUGUGGAUCAGGUCAAAACAACUCUUCACCAGCUGGAAGGGGUAGAUUCCCGCAUAAAUGAACGGCUAGCUUCUUCUCCAACCCCCUGCUUGUCUUGUGCUGACUGGUUCCUCACUGGGUCACAUGAAAAAUUAGAUAAUUUAACCACCUCACCUAUCCUCAGUAGGCUGCACGGUGCUUCCAGGGUCGCAACCUCUCCGACAUGCAGAAGAACUCUUUUCAGUGACUAUUCCUUAAAGACACGUAAGCCCAGUCCAUCCCGAAGUGGAGGGCCUGACAGUGGUCUUGAAGGUGAAGGUGUCGGCCUGAGCCCCCACACUACGGAAUCUCAGGGUUCUCAUGGUUCAGAAGAAACUGGGGCCUUGCUUAAGGUCACUAAAAAGAAGUCUGUUCUUCCCAAUCCAUUUCAUUUGGGGAACCUGAAAAAGGACCUUUCAGAAAAAGAACUGGAUAUAUAUAACACAGUAAAAUUGACAUCUGGUCCUGAGAACACACUUUUCCAUUAUGUUGCCUUAGAAACAGUGCAAGGGAUCUUCAUUACUCCUACCCAUGAAGAGGUGGCACAGCUGAGUGGCUCAAUCCACCCUCAACUGAUAAAGAAUUUCCAUCAGUGUUGUCUCUCCAUUCGUGCAGUUUUCCAGCAGACGUUGGCUAAAGAGAAAAAGAAAGCACUAAAUGGUAAAGAUCAUUCAGGUUCAACAAAUUCAGUGUCUUCUCUGAACCCUGUGAAAGAACAUGGUGUAUUGUUUGAAUGCUCACCUGAAAACUGGACUGAUCAGAGGAAAACACCACCAGUUAUGGCUUACUGGGUAGUAGGGAGACUCUUUCUUCAUCCCAAACUUCAAGAACUUUAUGUCUGUUUUCAUGACUCAGUUACAGAAAUUGCCAUUGAAAUGGCUUUUAAACUGUUCUUUGGAUUAACCUUGUAGCUAUAUUUUCUUGAUGCAUAGCAACACUGUGCACAGACCAUCAAGCAGGGUUAGAACUGCUGAAAUCUGUCCACAAAGAGAAAAGGUUUAACUUCUUUUCACUAAUCAAUAUUGAACAUAAGGCUGAUGAAGACUGAGAUGAUACGCUGCUGGAUUUGAUGCACUAAAUCUUAUUCUGAGACUUUUGAAGAAAAUACUUGAUCAAAAUAUGAAGAAGAGAUUGUUAACUUAUUUUCCAUUUUGGUAUAUAACAUUAAUUUAUUUACUGAUUUGAAAUAAUGUGAUGUAUUUUAUGUAAAAUUAAUAUAAGAAUGUUUAUCUUGGAAAAAUACCAAAUUUUUUGUGUAUUUUUCUCGACUAAUAUUGAUAUCUGGCAAAAUAAUCAUGAUAUUGGGAAGAGAUGACCAGGUUCUGUUACUAAUUAGUGUUGUGACCAUGAGCAAGUUUUUGUACCUCUCUGAGCUCAGAUUUUUCAUGUACAAAUGAAAUGAUUGCUUUGAGGUGUCUAAAGAUCCUCUUCAGUAAAAUGUGCAAUUUUUUCCCUCUAACCUAUUAUUUGGUACCUAAAUUUGUAAUGUUAAGUACUGAUUCCUUCUUAGAUCAGAUACUUUUCUUUUAGGUGUUUUAGUAGAUACCUCACUGUGGGGGAAGAGAAGAGGGAAAAUUAAACUGACUUUUUUAUUUACUUGAUUUUCUUUACUCAUUCAAGUCAGUUCUAUUUUGACUAGGAUAUAUAUUUUUAAACUAUUUGUUCAUAUACUUUCAUUGUUUUUCUCUUUUUUGAAAUAUAUUCAGGUAUACACACAUUUUAUACAAGUUCAUGAAUUUUAGGAAAGUUAUAUGUAGAUCUUUUUUAAAAAAUCCUAUCAUGUUGAAAACACUGAAAAAGUUAACUAAAGAAAUUCUAUGGCGACUUCCAAUCAAUACAAAGUUUUGCCUUACAAAUCUGGAUGUAUUGGGUUUCCCCAAAGGGGUACAAUGAACAAUAAUUUUUAAUUAUUUAGUGAACAAUAAUUUAUUUGACCAUGAAUAGAGAAAGAAAGUUACUAAGAUCAGAAUUUUCUUUAGCUGUCAGAAUUUGGCCAAUUGAAAGGAAGGAAGAAAAUGACAAUUCUUAAUUGACAUUUACCCAGUAGAUUCUCCUGAAUUCUCAGAUGCCCCCAUGACUUUAUAGCACUGGGUUCUCUCUUCUUCAGGAUUUACCUUUGGAAGGCAAAUUACACCAGCACAUCUAAAGCCAGUCUCUGCCUUUCCCUACCUCAAGCAUGAGACCUCCAGCUUAAUCAGAAUUAACUGAAAAACGUAGUGUAAAAUGGUGUGGAUGCACCAUUUUAAAUAUUUGGUCUUAGAAGAAACACUAUUAUCCCUCUGUCGGGAGUUUGAGAUUUCCCCCCAGGUGUUGAAGAUGCAAACUACUAUACCUGUCCUAUUAGUGACUUGUGGGCCUUAAUUUUGGCAUUCAAAACAGAGCAAGAAACUUGGUAGAAAAUGGCUUGCAAUAUCCUCCCCUUCAGAUUAUAAUUUUGGUCAAAUGAUAGACUCUUUACUACUGUCUUAGGACUGCUUGUGCACAUAUAUAAGUAUCAAAGUAUUGUUUAAGAGUAUUUAGUACAUGUCUUAAAUUUCUUGAUAAUGUUCCCUCAAACACCAUGAAGCUAUUUUUAAUAUGGAGAAUUAUUCAUAAAUGCAGCCAUUGAUCACCUCAGAUUUUCAAACAGACUGAACUUGGGACUUACCAUUAGGAACUUUUUGUUUCACUUAGUGAAAUUUUGAUCUGUUGAACUGUUUUCCUGGUCUCAAAGAAUCAGAAGACCACUAUUUAAUAACUGAAAUAAAAAGACAAACUACUGAUCUUACAUAAAGCCAAGUCAUGUGAAGUAUUGCAGGUGUGCUAUAUAAUAUGCAUGUUGCAGAGACAUUGUAUUUUUAAGAAAGAAAACCAAACAUUAUCUUGGCUCUUAUCUCUAAAUAGAUAGCAAAAUAAGUGUGGUAAGUACUGUAAACUUAGCUGCUCAUUUUUCCAUAUAUGUUCAGAUUCACACCUGAGAGUAGAUGCGACUCACUGGACAAUAAGUGCCUGUCUGCAACUUUAAAUAAAGAGGGACGUAGAAUGCUCUUGCAGGUAUAGAAACAUUCUUAGGUUGGAUUUUAUUAGCAUCCUGCAAACGUUCUUUUUCACCAAAGACUGUAAUGCAAAAGACUAUAUUUCCAGCAUUAAAAAAAAAAAAAAAGCAAGUGCUGUCUUACCACCAUCAUGUAUUUUUUAGUCCUGUCCCCCCACAAAAUUACAUUUCAGAUUUCAACCCCCAUUCUCCAUUUCUCUUUUUUGUCUCUUUGUUUGUUUUGUCAUGUUAGAAAAGGGAAUUUCUCUUUUUGUGCCAAGGGACCUCAAGGAUGAUGCAUACUGGCAAGUUAGUAAAUUGCAGUCCCUGCUUUUUUAUAUUUCUGAUACAAAUGGGAAGAGCUAUGAAACCAAUUUACUAGGUUUUUCCACUUUGAACAUUCUUGAAAAUAACAUUGUGAAUAAUUAUUGUUGUCUGUGUGAUUUCCCUCUAAAUAGUGCCUGGCACACAUUAUGUGCUAUGAAAGUGUCAGCAGCUGCUACCACCACCACCACUACUUAUUAUUAAAUAUCCAUUGGUUGAAAACAAUGGAGUCAUCUAAAUCAUACCCUCUACUGUACAAAAUGUUGGAAAGCUAAGAAAAAUUAUUCAAUGGCUUCCCUGGUGGCUCAGAGGUUAAAGAAAAAUUAUUCAGCACUAAACACUUUUAAAAUGAGGAUUUAUACUUUGAAUAUUUUAAAAUACUUUAAUAAAUAUUACUAAAACUUUA